GGCUCCUGUGGGGCGCAUGGUAGCGGAUAAGGGGAGCGCUGUGGAGCGCGGGGCCUGACGGGACUUGUAGUUAGGCCGCCAUGGAGCCGCUGUGCAUGACGGGGCUUGUAGGCUCAAAGUCGCUAAAAUGGCGCCGACACCAGGCCCCGCCUCCAGGUGCUGUUCCCGGGUGCUGAUUGGUUGCAGACAGUGAUGGGCGGGAGCCUCAGCCAAUGGGAGGCGGCAGAGGCGGGACCAGCCCAUUCAACCCCUCCAGUCCCUCCCAGUAAAGCCCAGUUCAUCCCAGUCCAGGCUAGUUCCUCCCAGUACAGCCCCAGUGCCCCUCCAGUCCCUCCCAGUGCAGCCCAGUUUGCCCCUGUGCCUCCCAGUAUCUCCCAGUUCUACCAGUGCCACUCCCAGUUCGUCCCAGUCCAUCCCAGUUUGUCCCAGUGCAUCCCAGUGCCACUCCCAGUCUGUCUCAGUGUUCCCAGCAUCCCCCAGUGUCACUCCCAGUUCAUCCCAGUAUCCCCCAGUUCAUCCCAGUCCUUCCGCGGCCAAACCUCUCCCCCGCCCCCAUAUUUGGCCACGCCCCUUCCAUUGGCCACGCCCCCUCGUUCCGUGCCCCGCCCCCUCCCAUUUCUCCCCCGCCCCCAUUUCCAGUUCCCGCGGCUGCUCUGGGAAGGGAUCAAAGGUGACGGAAUGGAGUGGGAACAGCUCCGGGAACUGGUGAUACUGGGAGUUCUGUCCCUGGCCAGAGGCGACACCCCGACUGGUGUCACCUGCGCGUCGGUGGCCUCGCGGUGGCCGCAGUGCUGAGCGUGCUGGGGGGUCGUCGUCCUGCUCAGUGGGAAGUGCAAGUGCUGGAGCAAGGCCAGGUGAAACCCGGGGACAUUUGGGGACAUUCAGGGACAAUUUGGGGACAUUCGGGGACA